CGGUGCGUGAAUGCGGCAGUAGAGCAGCACGGCAGAAGAAUUGUGGCUGUCGGUGGACGUUAGAGGUCUGUGUUCAGACCAGGACGGACACCAGCAGGGCCGCAGGGAUCUUCAGGGGGAGCCCCAGGUGUGUGAAACAAUCAUGGGGAACUCGGAGAGCGGCUGUGGUGGCGGAAGCGGCGACGAGGACGACAUAGAAACGGAGAGCCCCGGCUUCGCGGAAGACUACCCGGCCUCUGCGGCCGCUGGCGGCUGUGUCGUGGGCGGCGGAGGCACCGGCGGUUCUGGCAGAAGCGGAAGGGGAUCGAAUAACCUGCCCGCACCCACCGGUGGACCACCCGGACCCGGUGUCCUCUUGGAGCAAGUGAAACUAAGAGAAGCGGCAGCUCGUAUUAGCCUCUCCGGGGCAGCCAUUCGAGAGUCGGUGCUGUCCGGGAACGAGGGCGCCCUGAUGCGGUGGCUGGAGGACCGGGUGAACCGAGGAGAGGGGACCGUCAACGUGGAGCAGUUCUGCGAGAUGUUGGAGAGCAGAGACGCCUCCAGGGAUGAGUGUGAAGAGGCCUUUGGACAGUUUGAUGCAGAGGGGGAUGGCGUGGUGGACAUAGAGAGCAUGAUGAUUGCUCUUAAGAGCUCCAAUGGAGCUAAUCUUCAGGGAGAGCUGAGUCAUGUGAUAAGACAGCUGCAGGCCUGCUCUCUAACACCAGGUUUUGUUGACAUAUUCUCCAGAAGCAAAGACCGUUUAGGAGCACAUGCCUCUAAGAUUCUUAAAUUCUUGCACAGAAAUCGUAUCCCCAGCAGUGCCAUUCCUUUCCCCAUUUUAGAGGGCUACAGCAGUAUCUGCACCAUGAGGUCCAGCGUGGUCCAGGACUUCUUGGAAUUCCUUUUGCAGAAGGAGAAUGAUUUAGAUAUCCACUACAGAGCAGAGCUGGACCGUGAUCCGGAUGUAGACCGGGUGAAGGUGGUUACCCAGUGCUACAGCACAAUAGAGGCUUCCUCCAAUGUUGCCGACGUCUACAAGAUGACAAAUGGGGAAACAGCAUCUUUCUGGCAGUCGGACGGCAGCGCACGCUCACACUGGAUAAGACUAAAGAUGAAGCCCGAUGUUGUUUUGAGACGUCUGGCCGUCGCUGUGGCGGCCAAUGACCACAGCUACAUGCCUCAGCUGGUCUCGGUGUCUGUGGGGAAAAGCCGACGCUCGCUGCAAGAGAUCAGAGACAUUCGCAUCCCCAGCAAUGUCACGGGCUAUGUAGUGCUGUUGGAGAACGCCAACAUCACCCACCCAUAUGUUCAAAUAAACAUUAAGCGCUGCCUGAGCGACGGCUGCGACACACGGAUUCAUGGUCUGAAGACGCUGGGCUAUCAGAUCACCAAGAGUAAAGAGGUGUCUGUUUCGGAUGCGUCGGCCAUCUGGUACCUGUCUCUGCUCACCUCUUUGGUCACCACGUCCAUGGAGACGAACCCUGCUCUGGCUCAGAAGGUCCUUGAGAGCACGCAGAAAGCCUUACAGCAUAUGCCUCCGCUGUCUCUAACUCCAUCAUCCACCGAGUUCCCAAAGUUUUUCUCUGUGAGCAUCCUGGAGGAGGUGGACGGAUUUCUUCUCAGGAUAGCAGACUGCUGUGUGAGUCCUGAUGCAGAAAUGACCCUCCUAGCCUUCGCCCUGGCCAGAGGCAGCGUGUCCAAAAUUCUCCAGGCCCUAUCCUGCAUUAGUGAUCAUUUACAGACAAAGUAUAGGGCCUCCUCCCUCAUCGUCUCCAUGGCUGCCGUUAGGCUGCGACUUCUCUAUCGUAACGGAAAACCCCUUCAGCUUCACCUGCAGGCCUGUGAUGUAAAGAGUAAAGAGGAGAAAUCAGGACCGGAGAACAUGCUCACAGAGUCUUCCACUGGAGACGGUUUCCUUACAGAAAGCGGGAGGAAGAAAGCCAGUGUCAUCCUGUCGACAGAAGAUCAGAGCAAUUUCCAGAUCACUCAGAUGAAGAUCAAAGUGCGAAAAGGAGCCAUUGGAGUAAAAUGUGGCUUGGUGUUUGCUUACAUGGAGGAAGAAGCUUUUGAUGCAGAAAAACAUUUCAAAAGGUUCAAAAAGUACGACGCCUGGACCUACAAGGACUACAAAGAGUUUGUACAAGACAGCGUGAGGGUUUCAGCACAGACUGAGGACGACCCAAUCGGCUGGUUUGAACUCGAAGAGGAUUGGAACGAUGUGGAGAUCAAGCUGCAGCAGUGUCGCGUUGCCAAGUUCCUGAUGGUGAAGUUCCUCUGCACCAGGCAGGACUCGGCUGAGCGUCUUGGUGUGCAGACCCUUGGCUUCAGUGGGUACCUGUGCCCUGGAACAGAGAGGCUCGUAGACCUGGAUGACCUCAGUGGACAGGAAGAGAGCUUCGAUCGUGAGGGCAUCUCUGGUCUUUGUCUGCUGAACAAGACCUUGUUCUUCAUACAGCAGCUGACACGAGACAAGGAUGCUUCACAUCAGAAACAGAAAUAUCUUCUGGACUUCAGUGGUCUCAGUCUGAGCCUCUUCUGGAACUUUUACAGAAAACUCGGGGAGAUUGAGGGAGAGGAGGCCAUGAAGAGCAGAAUUCUGCUUCUUCAGCUGAUGCAGAAUUGUUUCCCCAUGCUGCCCAACCCACUGGAGCCUCAGGGCACCAAGGAGAGUGGGGGCCCAGAUGAAGGGGCCUCUGCAGCAGCAGGUUCUUCAGCAUCCAGCAGCGACGAGCAUCCCUGUCCUUCUGUGAAAGCUGUGUCAGAACUCUACACCCACCUGUGUCAAAUUGUGGAUGGUCCGGAGGGCGAGACGUUGAAGGAAAAAGCUUUGCAUAAGGAAGCGGUGAAGGCCAUUCUCAGCGGAGCAGCUGUGUUCUUCCCUGAUAAACUUAACAGACGGGACAAACUGUUUAACAUGAUGAAAAACAUCACAGAAGAGGAUCAGCCAGAGUCAGUGAAGGUGACGUUUGAAUCUCUUUGUAAUUACUUCAGCGACCAGGAUCCGAGUGGCCUCCUCCUGCUCCCUCCCAAAGGAGCUCCGUCCAACUUUGACAUCAGCCCAAUACUGUCCGUCAUGGAGACGCUGCUGCUGGUGGCAGCCAGAGAGUGUGAGGUUAUGAUGAUGGAUGAAAGCGGUGGUGCCAGCAGGAACGUGCUGCUGUCCUUGUUCUGGGCUCUGCAGGGCAGUCUGCUGUCCUGGUGCUACCUGCAGCUGAAGGGCGGGGCUUCAACACCUGCUGCAAUGGAGCUGGCCAGAGACAUACUCCUUAAAUAUGUGGAUCAGUUCUUGGGAAACAUCAACACUGUACUCUGUUCCCUGCUGGAGAGGUACAGCAGUAGUGAGAUUACUGACAAACUGAGCACCUCUAUCCUGGUCACCGUCUUCAGACAACUGAUGAUUUUUCUUUUGGAGCUGUGUUCUUUGGAUAUCCCCCACAGUGUGCUGCUGAAGAGCUUCUCCUCUUUGGUUGAGCUCAUUAAAAGACUAUCAAAUGACACUGGAGACAUUUUCUCUAAGGUGGAUCAGGAGAACUGGCACCAGCCUCAGAAGACGGUGGUGCUAAGAACCUGGAACAUGGAGUCUCCUCACAACUACGAGAACAGCCAACACGAGACCACCGUCUUUGCCUGUCCUGGUGCGACCUUGUUUGAGGUGGAGUUUGAUGAACGCUGCGAGACAGAGAAGAGAUAUGACUAUCUAGAAUUCACUGAUUCUCGAAGUGGGAAGGUGCGCUAUGAUAUGAAAGUUGGAACAGAAAAAUGGCCCAAGAAAGUGACAUUUGACGCCGGCCCUCAGCUGCAGUUCCUUUUCCACUCUGAUAGCAGCAAUAACGAGUGGGGCUAUAAGUUCACUGUAACGGCACUGGGACUGCCGGAUUUCACCAUUUCGUGGAUUUCCGACCUGCAGCUGCUCAUGGCUCGCCUUAUGGGUCGCCUUGCAUCCAGAACCCUGGCACUGAAAUCCCCUUACGAGAUCCGCACAGUAAAGGAGCUUCCACCCGGUAAAGUGUCUCAUGUUCAGGGUUCCCCUCUGUGGAAACCCAUCCUUCGACACGGGCUGCAUGAAAAACGGGAGGCAAAUCAGACGACUGUCCAAAACCAGACGAAUACGUGGAUUCUUGAUGACGUGUUGGUCUUCCUGGAGGAUUUUGCACGCUGGAACCCUUCUCAAAAACUCACAGACAGUAAAACAGAACUGAUGAGGACCCUCGUGCAGUCCUGCAGGAAACAGCCGAUGAGGAAUGAGAUAGCAUCUGGGCCGAAGACGGACCAAGCUGUGAAUGCCAUUUGGGCUGCGAUGGUGUACCACACACCAUCCCUCAACCAGGCCCUGAAAACCUAUGUUGAUCAAGGCUGCAGCUCUUGUCUAAGUGAGGAGUUUGUGCAGGUUUAUUCUGUGGCAGACAGCAUUCGAACAUGGAUGCUGGAGAUGAAGCAGAGAUACCUUGUUGGCCAAAUGAACAUCCACAAUGAUGACGAAGGGAGUCCAGAAGAGGUUACCAUGGACACACUAGCUGAGAUGUGCAUUGAAAAGAGCCUGUUGCUGUUUCGAUUUGCUCCCUGUGGAAAAUCGUGUCAAGGCAGUGACUCUUCCAAAGCAUCAGAGAGCAGCUUUGCUCCCCUCCUGCGCUCCAGUUCAAUCUCAGAGGGAGACUUCCAGGCCAGCUCGUCCCCAAGCUCAUCAGGGCCUCCUCAGCCUGGAGGCCCUGAUGAGUCCAGGGAUGCCAGACCAGGACAGAGUCAGCCGUCCAGCACUCAAGUUACAAACUCUUCAUCCGAGUACAGCAGGCAAGAGAGUCUCUCAUCUCAGCCAGCCUCACCCUCGACUUUUGCCCGUAAGGCUCCGUUCAGUCGGUCCCGCCUUCGCCUUCUGUCCUGCCGCUCGAUCGAAGAGCCCGGCAUGACCCCCUCUGUCAAAGAUCGCUAUCCAAUGCUCAAACACAUCCUAAACUUCAUGAAGGAUCAGGCGCUCUCAACAGCCAGCAUUCUGCACACCCUGGCCCUGAGCAAAGCCCAGGCUCUGAGCGUGUGCAAGGUGCUGGAGAUGAUUCAGCAGUGUCUACGUUCUCUGGGACAGCCGCACCUCUUUCAGCCUGCCUGCAUCCUGUUCCUGCAGGAGCUGCUGACAUGUCAGAAAGACUUCACCAGUUAUUUCUCUCAGCUGUCAGACAGCGGUCAUAAACUUGGAGAGGAGGUGAGGCAUUCCUACCAUCAGCUGGUGCUCAUGCUGAUGAAGGCUGUGCAGGGUUUCAGUGUCCUGAAUGAAAAAGCUCUGCUGCCAGCCCUGUCCUGUGUGCAGACCUGCUUGUUGCACCUCCUGGCCAUGAACUGGGAAGUGCAGGAUCUGCCUCUUUUCCAGAACAUUAAGCUCCCAGACCUCCUGCUCAGCAUGUCUCAGGAGAACAUCAGCGUACACGACAUCGCCAUCAGCCAAUGGACAGAGGCGGACGAAGUUGCCGACUACAAAAAAAACCAGGAGUGGAUGGAUGAGUGCAUGGAUGGGAUGUUUGAGAAGUGGUAUGACAAAAUCGAUGAAGAGGAGACGAUGGAGGACAGGAGAAAGAUGCACAUGUUCAUUGCUCGCUACUGUGACUUGCUUAACGUGGUGAUCUCCUGUGAUGGCUGUGAGAGGAUGGCACCUUGGCACCGCUACAGGUGUCUGCAGUGCAUGGAUAUGGACCUCUGCAAGACCUGCUUCCUCAGUGGAGCCAAGCCUGAAGGCCACGAGGAUGAUCAUGAAAUGGUGAACAUGGAAUAUAGUUGUGACCACUGCCAGGGGCUCAUUGUAGGCAGCAGGAUCAACUGUAAUGUGUGCGAGGACUUUGAUUUGUGCUACGGUUGCUACAAUGCAAAGAAGUAUCCUGACAGUCACUUGCCUGCUCAUCGUAUUACCGUGUAUCCAAUGGUAACCAUUCGAAUCAGUGAUCGUCACCGCCUGAUCCAGCCCUACAUCCACAACUACUCCUGGCUGCUGUUCGCUGCGCUGGCCUUGUACACUUCAGAGCUGAUCAGUGAGAGGCAGAUGGAGGGAGAGUGCUUGGACAGCAAGUCUUUAGAGCAGGCCUCAGCUCUGCAGACACAUUGUUCCCAACUCAUUACUGACUGCUUGCUCAAAGGGCAGACAGGCAAAGGUCUUCGUUCUUCAACCCUGCUCGCUCUGCUGUCCUCCAAUGAGUCGGCGUCUGAGAGCGAGCUGUGUCCGGUGUCUCCUGAGUCCUCUCAGGAGCUGAGCAUGACUACGGACACCUCCUCACUCCCCGGCAGCACUGCAGCCAUCUGCUCCCCAUCGUCUCCCAGGGACAAGGGAAAUCCAGCAGGAAAGGAGACAAAGUCCAACGAUGUGAACUCUCCUCCAGAGUUGUCACUUCCACCAUCCUCGGGAGUGGAGGAGAAAACGAAGCUCGUUACCCAGGACACAUUGGACUCUGCUAGUCUCAGCCAGACCCCCUCUGUGUCCAGUGAAGACCCCCUGUCUCCUGUGGUCCGGACUUCUGAUUGUGGACCAGGAGCACUGAGCUCUCCAGCAGCUGAUGUUGCCAAGGAGAUGGAUGAGAGGCUGCCGCAGGUUCCCCGGCAGGAGCACGUGUUCUCAGAGUGCUCCAGGGAGAGGAUUCUGGGACUGCUGGCUGCAAUGCUCCCACCAGCCAAACCAGGAAGCACGCUGUCUCUGCCCAGUCUGAGCUCCAUCCUGCCACAACUUUUCAGAGCAGUCUUUUCCAACGCUGGCUCUCUGAACGAGACCUUCUACCUCAUCCUGGGGCUCCUGGGUCAGCUGCUGCUCCGGAUCACGCCGACAAAAGCCGACGCUGCCGUCACCGAGGCUCUGGCCGACAAAUACGAGCUGCUGACUCAAGGAGAUGCGGCAUGUUCAGACGCACAGGGCUGGAAGACCACGCAGCUGCUUUUCAGCCUUGGAGCGGUUUGUUUAGACAGUCGUAUUGGCCUGGACUGGGCGUGCACGGUGGCAGACAUUUUGCACAGUUUGAACGCUUGUCCUGAGUGGAGCGCGGUCAUCGCUGCCUUCACUGACCACUGCAUUCAGCAGCUUCCACGGACACUGAAACGCACCAACCUGUUCACUCUGCUGGUGCUGGUGGGCUUCCCUGAGGUGCUGUGCGUGGGAACUCAGACGGUGUUUAUCGACAACGCUAAUGAACAGCACAGCAUGAUCUUGCUCAAACACUUUACAGAAAAGAAUCAUGCUGCGGUGGUGGACGUCAAAACGCGCAAGAGAAAAACAGUGAAGGACUACCAGCUCAUCCAGUCCCAGGAUUCCACCACAGCCAGUCUCCGAGCUCCGACAGAGAGUCAGGGAGUUCAAAAAACGCUCCUCAGCCACUACUUGAACAAUUUCACCUCCAUUAUUAGCCACCUCCUACAAACAAGCCAAGAUAAUGGUUCUGCUGAUGCUGUGGAGGCUUCUUGGGUUCUGUCUUUGGCUCUUAAAGGCCUCUACAACACUCUCAAGAAACACGGCGUGGAGCCAGCUCAGGAGGCCAUCCAGCAGUCGGGGCUGAUGCAGCUGCUGGUGAGGAAGUGCAGCAAGGGGACUGGCUUCAGCAAGCUGUGGUUGCUGAGAGACCUGGAGAUCCUCUCCAUCAUGCUCUACUCCUCCAAGAGGGAGAUUCAUUCUAUGGCUCAAGACCCUGAGCGAGACCAAAAAGAGCAGGAGAAGGAGCACGACUCGGACCACUCCAGCUGCGGUGCUGACGACACUGAAAUCAACAAGCCAGACCCGUUAGAUGGUCUCGACGAGGAGACGAAGAUUUGCUUCCAGAUCACCCACGAUGCCUUAAACGCCCCGCUGCCGAUCCUGCGAGCCAUGUACGAGCUGCAGAUGAAGAGGACCGACUCCUUCUUCCUCGAAGUGCAGAAGAGAUUUGAUGGAGAAGAGAUAAAAACAGACGAGACGAUCCGAACGCUUGCUCAGAAAUGGCAACCUUCCAGGCGUGUUCGCUGUGAUGAGCGAAACUCCAAGGCUGUGGACACUGACAUGAUCGUGGUGUCUUGCAUGUCUAAACCCAGUCACUGUGAAAAAGCCACAGAAGAAAUCAACGUCGUGGCCCAGAAGCUCAUCACCAAUUCAGAGAGCGACCUACAGCUCAGCUAUGCCAAGCAGAGGCGCUCCAAAAGCUCAGCUCUGCUGCACAAAGAGCUGGACGUCCGCAGCAACCGGGCAGUUCGUCAGUACCUGGUGAAGGUCAACCAGGCCAUCGCCACGCUGUACGCUCGCCAUGUGCUGGCUUUGCUUCUGGCCGACUGGCCCGCGGGAGCGUCGAUGAACGAGGAGGCCCUGGACCUGAACGGCUCCUCGCACAUGGCUUACAUCCUGGACAUGCUGAUGCAGCUGGAGGAGAGGACGCUCUGGGAGAAGAUUCUCCAGAGGGUGCUGAAGGGCUGCAGCCACAGCAUGCUGAGCAGCCUGUCUCUCACCGCCUGUCAGUUCAUGGAGGAGCCAGGGAUGGCUGUGCAGGUCAGAGAGUCCAAACACCCUUAUGACAACAACACCAACUUUGAGGACAAGGUGCACAUCCCUGGGGCCAUCUACCUGUCUGUAAAGUUUGACUCCCGCUGCUACACAGAGGAAGGCUGUGACGAGCUCAUCAUGUCCAGCAGCACUGACUUCCUCCAGGACGUUCACAACUUCAGUGGAUCUCCUCAGAAAUGGUCUGACUUUGAAAUCCCUGGUGAUACUCUCUACUACAGGUUUAUGUCAGACAUGAGCAACACGGAGUGGGGCUACAAGUUCACAGUAACAGGAGGCCACAGGGGCCGUUUUCAGACAGGCUUUGAGAUCCUCAAGCAAAUGUUAGCCAACGAGAACGUGCUCAGUCACCUGCCGCUGGCUGAUAUCUGGGAGUGGCAAGUGGGCGUGGCCUGUCGUCAGACUGGAAACCAGCGACUCAAAGCCAUUCACUUGCUGCUCCGUCUGCUGCAGUGUCAGUCCCAGACAGCGUGUGAGCUGACGCUGCUUCGGCCUUUGUGGCAGCUCUUCAUGUCCAUGGAGAACAACCUGAGCCAGGAUCCCACCAGUAUCACUGUGCUGCUGCCUCUGCACAGAGCCUUCACUGAGCUCUUCUUCAUCGCAGAGGCUCGUGCCAUUAAACAGGGAAUCCUCCAGGAGUACCUGCUCGCCAUGACCACAGAUGAGCAGCUCCUCAGUCACACUGCACUAGCUCUGAAGAACAUCGCUGCCAUCAGCCUGGCUAUCAAUUACCCCAAUAAAUCUACCAAGCUACUAAACACGUCUUGAUGAGAGAGGUCCC